UUCUUGCAACAUACCAUGGCUAACACUUUGUGGUCAGAUAAAGUUCUUCAGCUCCUGCAGCGAAUGAAUAACUUUUAUUUGCCAGGUUCUUGCCGUGCAAAUUGUCUUCGUUUUGAGGUUGACGGAAUCAGAGUUGGUUGGAUUGUGCCGCACGUAGCCUCGCUGUUGGCUCGCUCCACAGAUGUGUUCAAACAACCACACGGUGGCGCGCUGUCACUGCGCGACGACCUCGACACGUACGACAAAAAGUCCCAGGCUGUGGACGCGGUUUUGUCGAACCUUCGAUGUGAUCCCUCAUUGCGCUGCCUAAAAGGCUGGAGAGAUGAGAGAUACAGUGUCAUGGACAAAUUCUCAGACCCUCCGGUGAUGUGGAUGGAAAGAGCAGCAACUAGCCUUUUUGGAGUGAAGCGCUACGGAGUCCAUAUUAACGGUUACACUGUUAGUGAGAGCGGCGAAGUCUGCAUGUGGCUAGCGCGUCGGUCCCCCACCAAACAGACCUAUCCUGGACUACUGGACAACAUGGCCGCAGGCGGUCUGGCUGCUGGCAUGAACAUCAAACACACGCUACUGAAAGAAUGUCAGGAAGAGGCAUGUAUCCCAGAAGCGCUUGCAGAAAGGGCUCAACCUGUAUCUACAGUAAGCUACACCUAUGAAGAUGGAGAGGGUGUGUUUGCCGAAAGUCAGUUUGUAUUUGAUUUGGAACUUCCUCCUGCCUUCAAGCCCAAAGUAGGAGAUGGAGAAGUUCAGGAAUUCUACCUCCUACCCAUAGAAAAGGUAAAGGAACUAAUAGCCACAGAAGAUUUCAAACCCAACUGUGCAAUGGUGGUCUUAGACUUUCUUAUUAGACAUUCUUUUAUUGAGCCUGACAGAGAACCUUUUUACCAGGAGUUUUUGUCUGGGCUUCAUCAAACGUUAUAG